AUGGUACAGGUCGUGCACAUCGUGGACGUCGAAAGCGGCAACCUGCAAUCGAUCACAAACGCAAUUGAGCAUCUAGGCUAUGAGGUGAAGCUGAUACGAAGUGGCGCUGAUCCUGAGCUGGACAAGGCGGAGACGCUAAUUCUACCGGGCGUCGGGAAUUUUGGCCAUUUCACUCGCAACAUGCGCGCCCGUGGGUUUGUGGACGCUAUCUCCUCAUACAUCGCAUCUGGGAGGCCCCUGAUGGGCAUCUGCGUUGGGCUACAAGUGCUAUUUAGAAGCUCCGAAGAAGACCCUGGCGCAGAAGGACUGGCGCUGGUCGACAUGUCGCUGUCGCGGUUCCGCGAUGAGUCAAAGCCGGUUCCGGAGAUAGGUUGGAACACCCUGCAACUGGACGGAGACCAAUUCUUCGGUCUUGACCCCUGCGGAAGGUACUACUUCGUGCACUCGUAUGCUGCGAUGUUGGCAAAUGGUGCGGGCCGGUUGCGAGAGCAGGGCUGGCGCGUCGCGACAGCCAGGUACGGCGAUGAGCGAUUUGUAGCGGCGCUGGCACGUGGAAACCUGUUUGCAACGCAAUUCCACCCAGAAAAGUCGGGGAAGCUCGGGUUGCAACUACUGGCCAACUUCCUGAAGCAGCAACACCCUUCUAUUGACCGCGGCUCGCAGGAUAUAGAGCUGCUCACCAAUGAUUACUCUAAUUAUGGGUUGACCAGACGGAUUAUCGCAUGUUUAGAUGUGCGCGCCAACGAUGAGGGAGAUCUCGUGGUGACGAAAGGCGACCAAUAUGAUGUCAGAGACAAGCAAGAAAGUGGUGCGAUCAGAAACCUAGGCAAGCCGGUCGAGCUGGCGCAGCUUUAUUACGAGCAAGGUGCAGACGAGAUUACAUUCCUGAAUAUAACGAGCUUCAAGGAUUGUCCAUUAAGGGAUGCACCAAUGCUGGAGGUGCUGCGGCUAGCUGCUAAGACGACUUUUGUUCCGUUGACUGUGGGCGGCGGAAUCCGGGAUAUAGUUGAUCCGGACGGGACAAGAAUCUCUGCUCUGGACGUUGCUGGCCUUUACUUCCGAUCCGGUGCAGAUAAAGUUUCCAUCGGGACAGACGCUGUCUAUGCCGCGGAGCGGUACUACGAGGCCGGGACACGUGGGGAUGGCUCGUCUCCCAUAGAAACCAUUUCGAAGGCCUACGGGUCCCAGGCGGUGGUAAUUUCUGUUGAUCCUAAGCGAGUUUAUGUUGAUUCCCCGGAUGAUACUCCCAAUAAGACCAUCGAGUCCAAGUAUCCUAAUUCUAAAGGUCAAAGAUGGUGCUGGUACCAAUGUACUUUGAAAGGAGGGCGAGAAUGCAGUAAGAUUGGCGUCUGGGAAUUAGUAAGGGCAUGCGAAGCCCUAGGUGCCGGCGAGAUUCUCUUAAAUUGCAUCGACAGAGAUGGUACAAAUGUUGGAUACGAUCUCGAGUUGCUUAAACUGGUUAAGUAUGCCGUAAAAAUUCCCGUCGUUGCCUCGAGCGGCGCAGGGAAGCCUGAGCAUUUCCAAGAAGCAUUUCUCGAGACUGGAGUAGAUGCCUGUUUGGGAGCGGGUAUAUUCCAUAGGGGAGAAUACACCGUUCGAGAAGUCAAGGACCAUCUCAGCAGGAACGGAUUGAAAGUGAGGCUGAUUUGA